GAUGCGGCGACGGCGGCGACAAGGCCUCUGGAGUUCGAAGCCCGAGGGCCUUUGCAGGGGUCGAUGGCGGCAGCGCAUUUCAGUUCGCGAAGGUGCUUAGUGAUUGUCGCGGCAUGCAAUCGAUGUUUGUACACCAGCCCCUCAUCGACAUCGACGUUGGUCUAGUGAUGAAGCGCGUGCGGCACCUCCACGAUCGUGCCAUCGCCUCUGGGCGCUCCGUCUACAUCGGCACGACGAGCGACCCUUCAUGGCGAUGGAAUGGAGGAUGGGGGUGGCGAGGAAACGACCGAAGCUUCAUGCGCGGGCACAAGCUCAGCUACGAUGAGAUGCAAGUGGUCGCGUCCUUCCCCGACAAACAAUGCGGAGAGGUUGAGAAGCAUGUGAUCGCGCACUUCCCCCGUGCUGACAACAAGGUCGCGUCGCCGCAGGGGCUUGCGGACAAGACCGCAUGGUGUUCUACCAUCAUGAGCACUGUGGAGCUCCACUCGAGCUACGUCCAGAAGCGGGAAGACGAUGAAGCGGAGGACUGGAGGUCGACGAGGAAGGCCAAG